CCUGCGUCCUGUUGAACGGGAAGAAGGCAGAAAGGAGGUAAUGUCUCCGGACUGGGGGAGUGGGAGGCAACGGCCCCCGCAGUGCUCAAAGAACCAAGCGAGAGAAACCGUUUUAGCUGCCCAGCAACGCGGUGCGACUUCCGGGACGCUUUCAAAACAAAACUGCUUUUAAACAGCCGCGUUCGUUAACCGCACAUUCCUUUUUACGACAUGCGUAAUAACAAUUUUUCAACGAUAACAAAGAAGGUAGAGACAGAAAUUAGAUAUUUUUAAGUGUUUUUCCGGGUUUUACCGUUUGGAAAUCAAGUAGGCGAAACAUAGAGCUUUUAUCUUGAAGAGGACCUCACCGGAAGGUGAGCCAACGAGUAGCGGCGCUCGCUAGCUUGACACAUGCAAGAAGAGGUGAAGUUACAAAGCCUCUGGCCAAAACAAGACUCAACAGCCAGAAGUGGACAGCGUAGCAUUCUUAUGAAUGGAACCCACCUCGUCUCACCGAGGGUUUUCCUAGCGCCAUGCCGUUUAACCGGGAGGCUCCGCCGCUCUCCUGAAACCGGAGCCCCGCCGGAAAACACGCUGGAGGAGGAUUAUUCGAGUUCUUCCUCCUGGCUGUCCGGGGGUUCGAUGACCGGACCCAACUCCCCGAGCCGGACCGGCACCUCCCCGGCCAAACUGAGCAGGCAUGGCCGGUCCAAGAGCUCCAGCGCGCACUGCCUCCUCCGCUACGGCGCCCCGGAGGAGUCCUCCGCCUCCCGCCCCAACAACAGCCCCCCGUCCCCGGAGGAGGAGGAGGAGAAGGACGGCGGGGUCCUCUUCUACGUCAACCGGGAGGGCUUCCCCAUCCAGAGCGUGACCUGGGAGCGGAUGUGGGCCCACGUGGCCGCCGUGCACCCCGAGGGCCAGGAGAUGGUGGACCGGAUCCGGAACGCAGCCUACCUCCCCAAAAACUACAUGAAGGUCCUGCAGUACAACCACACCGGAACCCAGUUCUUCGAAAUCAAGAAGAGCCGUCCAUUGUGCGGGUUGAUGGAGACGGCCAGAGAGAUGAUCAGGGAGUCGUUGCCAAUCAAAUGCCUGGAAGCCGUCAUCUUGGGAAUCUACCUGACCAACGGGCUGACCUCGCUGGAGCGCUUCCCCAUCAGCUUUAAGACCCAGUUCUCGGGCCACUGCUUCCACCACGUGGUCCUGGGCGUCUACUGCAACGGGCGCUACGGCUCGCUGGGCAUGAGCCGGCGCCCCGACCUGAUGGACAAGCCGCUGGCCCACCGCACGCUGGGGGACCUGGUGGCCGAGUUCGAGAGCUCCUACAAGAGAUACCAGCACACCCUGAAGAAGGUGAAGAUCGGCCUGUACGUGCCUCACGACCCCCACGUCUUCCAGCCAAUCGAAUGGAAGCAUUUGGUGUUGAACGCCGCACGCCUGGGAGCUCAAGAAAUGAAAAAGGAGCUGGAGAAACACGGCCGAGACAUGAGGAUGAAGCGUUUGAAGUCCACCCAAUGUGACGUCUGA